UUUAAUUUUUAGGGUUUGCUGUUUGCAGGUCAAAAUAAAUUGCGGGUACUGUAUGUAGUCUGUGAUUGUAAGUAUUUUUUUGCUUCGAGCAGUGUCUGUUAUCUCAGAAUAUCAUAUCUGUACGGUGGUUGGAUGACCGCGGGCUGUUGCAGUGUUUGACAGUAGAAAUGUUGUAAUCGGAUCGUGCCCUACUCUGUACCCAGUUAAAAAGUUAUUUGCACUGAGUAUACCAACCGAUCCUGUGGUUCGUUCACGCUCCACGGUCCCGUCAUGGCGCAUCUUGGACGCAGUGCAUCGCUACUGCGCCUUGCAGGUGGAUUUCGCCUAUUCCGUCGCGACAUCCAUCCGCGUUGGGGCCACGUAAUACCUUUUCCUCCGAAAGUGCAGAUUCCCUUUGUGGAAAAGAUUGCCUUGGGGACAUUCAUGUGCUGCGGUAUGAUAUCCAUUCCCGUGUGGGUCUUCUACAAUCUGGAGUACUACAAAACGGGGGGAGUGAAGAAGGAUCCCCAACCGACGGAGCAGGACGAUCAGCCCGAAAUGCGCGAGGAGACGUUGAAGACGCUGGAGGAGCAGGACGAAGUGGCUCGCGGUGAAAAGUAACAGGAUGCGACCGUGCCAUUUUCAAAUAAGAAUAGUUUAUAAUAAGCUGUUUUUUAAAACUGGAUUUUAAUGGUGCCGUUCUUUUAUAAUUGUUUCUGUUUCCGCGGUUCAUUUCAGAUGUGUGAUCUUCGGUUUUAGACAUUCUUUCACUUUCUGAGAUUUAUUUUGUUAUCUGUACCGACUGUACGUGAUACUUUUAGUUCAUACGUAAUGUUUUACGAAUUGUUUUUAUGGGCUUGUUUUAUCUUUCUGUGAGUUCACCACAGGGUUUAUGUUUUUCGCGAGGACGGGAUUAAUAUAUUUUCAAAUAGCUUUAUAAUUUUGUCUUGUUACUGCAGUUUGUACGUACGUACUCAGGAGAAGUCCAUAUGCAUAAAAGUUG